UAUAAAUGGCUUUAUUUGCCACAUGAAGUUUCAUCUUGUGUUUCCAAAUAGAAUCACUUCAAAAUAGUCCUUGAAGUUGAAUCUACAAGGAGACAUACACAAGGAAAUUAGUCAGAAAAAAACCACUGGUUUAGGUAACCAAUAACCAUCCAUUUCAUUUCCAAAAAAGCUUCUGAGGCUUAAAAAAACUAGAAACUUUUCCAGCUACUCUAUACCAAUAGACAAACCCCAGUUGUUUAUUAUAUAUAACUAGUGUUCUUUCAUUUUGCAUCUUUUACCUAGAAAGAAGCAGAGAUGGGAGGCUGUUUUUCUUCUAGAUCAUCCUCCACAUUCAACAAUGUUCGUCUAGUUCAUCUCAGUGGUUAUGUUGAGGAUUUUGAGCAACCAAUUUCAGUGAGCCAAGUAACUGGAAAUUCUCCAAAGCACUUUGUUUGUACCUCCAUUCAGCUUCUUUCCUCUUCUGGAAAACCUUUGAAGGGAGAUACCCAACUCCAACCUGGAAAUGUGUACUUCAUGUUACCAUACUCAAUACUGCAAACUGAUGUUUCUCCUAUGAACUUGGCAUCCCUUGCAAAGAGACUCACUGCAAUAGCCAAAACUAAUAGAUAUGAGGACAAAAAGUCCUUGAAAGCUAGUCCUUUGUCAAGCCAACAUGGUUUGAGCAGUGUUAGCAGUUCACCUUCAAGGAGUCCUGGCAGAUUUGGGGUGGCUGAGCAAAUUGGUAUGGCAUAUGGAGGACAAAGCCCUUGUAGAUUGCAGCCAUGGAAACCUAUUUUGGACACUAUCAAAGAGAAGUCAUUCAAUAGGAGAAGUGAAUCUGAUCUGCAAGAUAAUAAUUGAUGUGUUGCCAGACCCUGGAUUGAGGUAAACUAGAAAGGAAGAAGACAAGUUAGGUGGUUUGGUGAUAAAAGAAAAAUUUCGUGUCUAAUUCUUCUAUGCUGUACUUCAGAAUGUUCCUAAAGACAUGAUGCAAAUGAUUAAGCACUUGAUAUUUCAGUUUGUACGAGUUCAUGAUGAAAUCUUAUUAGAAUUAGAAUUAAGUGAGGUGAGAUUUAGGAGACAUAGAUUACUUCACAAUCUUCUAAUUAUUAAAAGUGUGUACCUUGUAAUUAAAGUUAAUGGAAAAGUCAGAUCAAGAAAAUUUUCUGG